AUGUCUGAAUCCAAUGGAAUUGAUCUCUUUCUCCUCACCUACAACAUCAACAAGCAGACCUUCAGUGGCGACCUUUUCGUCUCCAAGCUUGCAGACGCUCUUCCCGAUGAUUUGGCAGCACUCUACGUGUUUGGUGUCCAGGAGUUCUGUUCGGUGAUGGAGGGAAGUUUCCCUGACGUGGCAGCUAGAAAGAUGAUCUCAUUGAAUGGUCUCUUCUUACAAGCAUUAAGCACAAAGUACGGCAAAAGGGACGUACGGUUCCAAACUGUGGCCAUCACACAUGUGGGUGCCAUUGGUUUGCUUGCAAUUUCUCCUUAUCCACUGCGGUUUGAGCGGAUAAAGUAUGCUAGCAGUUCGUGUGGCUACGGAUACUCCUCAUUAAAAGGUGCAGCAGGUAUCAGGCUCACCUAUUUGCCUCCAGGAGCGAAAUUGAGCCAGAAGAGCGUCGAGUUGACCUUUGCUAGCGCUCAUCUACCAGCGUACGAGGGCGAAAUCUACUAUAGACGCAGAAACGAAAAACUUCUGAGCAUAAUCAGGUCGUUAGACUUCUCAGACGGGUAUGCAUUGCUCAAGCCAAAGAAUCACACCUUUUUCAUGGGAGACUUGAAUUAUAGAACUUCCAAAAACUAUAAGUUUGAGUCGGAAGCCUCUAAGAGUUUGUUUGCAUUGCAAGAUCAAUCCGCCAACCAUACCGAAACCAUAGAGCAUUUGGUCCGUAAAUACGACGAGUUAUCCAUAGGAAAAGGUAGCGGAGAUAUCUUUGCCGGGUUUUCUGAAGGCUGUAUCACAUUUGCACCCACCUACAAGUUCCACGUCAAUACUGCGAUUUACAACUCCAAAAGAUCGCCAUCUUGGUGCGAUCGGAUUCUCUACCAGUCGACAUACGAAGACGAGGACUUGCGAGAGGGAUUACUUCUUCGCAAGAAAGAGUCUGUCCAAAGAUUGCCAUUGGUCAAGAAGUAUAGCAGCAUAGCAUCAUUGCUCCAGUCGGACCACCAUCCAGUUUAUCUCCACAUCACUGUACCUCUCAAACCACCACAAUCACUUGUUGCGCCAUCGGGGUAUUUGCAGUUAUUGCCUAGCGAGCGCCCCAACAGACACAUGCUGCACGAUCCGACCGAGAGCACAGUUGCAAUUGAGCUCAGCGAUGUCGAGGAAUCAAUUAGUGGACCCACGCAAAUUUAUGUCAAGCCUACCAAGAUCGAUACCAUUAUUCAAAACUAUGUCAGUCCUUCCAGUAAUUUUUUGAUAGGAUAUGGUCUUUGGAUAGGCACCACGCCCGCAGGACGGCUCCUGGUGUUAUUUAUUACCUUACUUGCCUGGUGCAUUCUUUAUAUUUCCCAUUGA